UUAUGUAAAAGAAAACUUUAAAUCGACAAAAGUUGAGAACAGAAUUAACGUAGCAUAAACCGUUCUCAUCGUGUUUAUCCGCCAUUUUGAACCAUGGCAACGACCAAGCUUUUCGGCUAAAUAAUUACAAAUUUAAUCCAUCAACAAAAGCAAAUAAAAACAAAAAUCAGACACUAUGUAUGACCGAGCACCUAGAGAUUUGGUGAAGCCAUAUGGCAGCACCGCCCCCAAUGUCGGACCAGGCUCAUAUGAUGCGGACAUUCCAACCAAAGCCAGAUUCAAAGCUGACGGCUAUGCCCCAUUCUUGUCAAUGACCAGCCGAGAGACGUUUCUCAACAUUAGUGAUCAGGUUGUGGCUGCGCCUGGGCCAGGUCAUUAUGACCCUGCGUUUGCUCAAGAUCAGAUAAAGGGUGGAAAGACGCUUGCGAACAAGUCAAGGCGGUUUGUAGAGCAAGUUGUGGAGAACCCUGGCCCCGGAGCGUACAAUGUCGACAAGUACACAGAGUUCAGACAGACACGCUCAGCCCCCGGCAUGCCUGAGAAAAGCAAAACAUUAGGGCUCGUGACAAGUCAGCUCAAGUUCCACCGCAAGCCCGACGCCCCGUCCAUCCCCACCCCUGGGCAGGCGUAUGGCUAUGAGGAAUGUGAGGACGGUACCCUCAAGAAGCAGGAUCCGCCUGACAGGGAUGUGAGCCUGGGACCGGCGUUCUAUGGCGUGACACAUGAUACUAAACCAAAUGAAACCAAAACUUCCAAGACCUACAAAGGCGUCCAUUUCGGCAAAUAUACAUCCAAGAGGAGCGACUUUGUGGGCAAACCGGGUCCUGGACCGGGCGAAUACGAGCCAUACGUGGAGGUCCAAUUUCGCCCAGAAAACCUGAAUGCAGUCCGGGAAGAACAUCCAAAAUAUGAGACAAACAUUCCCCGUUACCAUGAAGCUAUCACGAAAGAAGUGGAAAAAAAGGCUGUUCCUGGGCCAGGGAAGUAUGAUAUUAAAGGGACCUUUGACCCCUCACCCCCCAAGGUCAAUACGGAAGGGAUCGAAGUGGAGCAUCCGCCUUUCAUGUCACAGUCCAAGAGGUUCACCCCCCUGAAGACCCUCCAGCCCGCCCCUGGGAGCUACAACGACCCCAGGAAUGCUUUUGACAGCCUCAAAAGGGUCACGGGGCUCAAGAGGAGCCCCUUUGGGCAGACGUCUGUGAGAUUCACACCCCAGAAAGAGGCCAGAACUAUACCAGGUCCAGGUGCAUACAACCUCAACGGCAUGAGUUCGGAGAGUAUUCGUAAAGCAUACAUCGAGAGCACGCGGCGAGGUGUGUUUGGAACCACGUCCGUCCGUAUCAACAACAUAACAAAGAAAGAGGCACCUGACCUACCUGGCCCCAACCACUAUCAGGUGAAAGAGAAGCCAUUCCAGCCCCGUUAUGCCCACUUGUCGUCAACCUUUGCCUCUGUGACCUCUCGCCUCAAGGACGACGGGCCCAAGGAAAUUCCACCGCCUGGUGCAUAUGACGUCCAGCGUUCGUACCAAAACUCCCAAGUGCAUGUGGGUCACGCGAAGCCGCGUACAGAAGUCGCAAGCCGCAAGCAUGGAUCUUUCAUGUCAGCUGCAUCACGUUUCGCUCCUCCAAGGGACGUUGUGUUGCAGGCAUCAGAUAUUGAUAAUCCAGGUCCGGGUACCUACAAUCCUGCAGUCCACGAUCGUCAUGGUAACAUGAUCGUCACCAAGGACAAGCGGUUCCGAGAAUUCAAAUCAGACGUCCCCGGUCCAGGGGCAUAUGAGUUCUCUCCCCUGAUCCAGGACACAGUUUUAAAGGGGACGUUCAACGCAACGCUCAACAAUCCCAUCACACCACAAGUAGAGUCAGCAGUCCACAACACAAGCACGGCGAAACACGCGUUCCUUCUUGGCGUGUAGUCAUGUCCAAUGCGUGGGCUUCUAAAGAAUAUCAAAUAUCGAGAACAUUUCCAUCAUGGCUGUUUUUGUACAUCUUAUUUCCAGUUUCCGUGUGGGUUUGUUAAAAAGUAUAAUUACACCUAAUUUUGUAUUGGCUGUUAAAACUGUAUAUUAAAAAUAAAUUUUAAAAUAUAGACUCUCUCAUAUUCUGUUUUAAAACUCAUAUCCCUAAGAUUUUUAGCAGAAUUUUUCAACUAAAAUUCACAGCUUAUAGAUAAUCAAAACUUGGGGUUUGUGUAUGAAAAAAAAAGAUUCAUUUGUGAUGGAUUGCUACAAACAAAUGAAAUGUCAUUGUAUUUGUUAUUGCAUCCGGUAAAAUCGAUUAAAACAGAAAAGAUAUUUCCUUUUGAAGUAUAUAGUUUUAAAUUAAAACCUGUGUUUAGCUAAUGAAUAACAUUUCUUUUAUCUACUUCUUUGGUUGGGUAAUCAUCAAUCAAAAAUGUUUGACCCAUCCUAGGAAUGUAUUUAGAAAAAAAAAGGAAAAAGACGAAAAACAUGCCAAAUGAUGGAUUAUUACAAGUGAUCAUAAAGAUUUCAACCAAUCAAAGGAUUUCAUAUGGAUCAUUAAAUUUAGCCUUUCUUGUCUAAAAGAUCAUGUUCUAAGUGCAUGUCAAUGUUGCAUGACAGACUUGUGUGUUACGAAUCUGUAAGAUGUUUUAGAUCAUUUUAGACACUUAGUAUGUACCAUUUAAUGUCUUAUUUUUCGUAUCUUGCAGUAUGUGUAAGUGUCAAAAGAUUUUGAUAUUAAUAACAUGUAACUGAAUGUAAUAUUCAGUUAUCCCUUAGGUUUAAAUGCAUCAUAAAUGACAUUUUGCAGAUUCAGUGCGAGAAUAUUGUAUUUGUCAAUUUUUCGAUUUUAGAUACAUUAGUUUUGCUCUGAGUCCAUGCUAUAGUGAAUCUUUUUUAAUCUUAGAAGGCCUGAUUAAUGUACUUACAUUAGCAGAAUUUGAGAAAGUAAUAAAAACAUAAACUGUAUUAAAGAUUUUAAAAUGGAAAACAGUUUAUCAAUUAACGCUCGAUAGUUGUGUUUUUUUAGUUUUUUUUUGUAGACUUAAUGUAUACUUUCUGAUUGUGCCUCGUCAAUUUGUAGCUCAUUUACACUCUAGAGGUCACAUGUUGAAGAAUCUGGGUCACAUGCAUCAUAAAACUAGGUCACCUGGAACUAGGUCACUUGGAAGUAGGUCACUUGGACAUUUCAAACAUUGUAACCACGUUAGGGGCCACAUGUUUGACUAAAUCUUGAUGAGUUCUGUUCAGAAUGUUUUAUCUUGACCACAUCUAGGCAAAGUUUGAUGUGGGUCAUGUACAUUAAAAACUAGGUCAUCAGGUCAAAUGUAAAAAAACAAUUAUUAUUACUUUAGAAGUCAAAUCAUGACUGACUUUUGAAACAUUAUUAUAAUUUUUUUCUUGACACUAUCAUUGCCAUGUUUGAAUUUUGGUCAAUUUGGGUUAAAAACUAAUCACCAGGUCAAGUCUUCAACAUUUGGUGCAUCGCAAACUCAGCCCAGCGCUUUAGGACCAUAAUUCCCUGCUUGUAUUGAAUUUAUAUGCUGAAUGUAUUUGUUGUAACUCUCAAAUCUUUCGAAUGUUUUCUGAAAAUUGUAGUGUUUGUAGUGAGUGUUUUCCUCACAUUGUAAGUAAUGGUACACACGUUGUUUUUUCUUCCAGUUUUUGUUCAUACAUGUGUAUACUGCUCUUUAAAAAAAACUUAACAUUCUGUACUCAUUAAAUUUAUGAAAAAAUAAUACCCUGACAAAGUGAGAUUAAAGAUUACAAUGUACUUAUUCAGGAGGAAAAAUAGAAAUGACCCUGAGUAUGUGAGAUUGGCAAUAAAUAAUAUUAUAACACCAAUGUAGAUGUAUAUAUUCAUUUUCUUACGUAAUAUUUACCCAGUUCAAACAUGCUGAAAAAUCUAUGGGAUUGCGUAAAUUUAAUUAAAAGCUGCAUUGCUAUAUAAAAACAUCAUGAGUUAAUGGGUAUUUGCAAAUGAUCAGCUUGCAUUGGGAUUUUUUUUAGGAAAGUCGUACUUUGAAACCUUAUCUGUUGAAGAACCAAGGAAUUUUGUUAACAAUAUUUCAAAUUAUUGGUUGCUUAAGGUGCAAUGUUAUAUAAAUGCCAUUCCAGAAGGUAACAACGGCAUAUCCAUAUUGGCAUUUAAAAAAGGAAAUUAAAUAUUUGUGAAGUGAACAAAAAAACUAAUUUAGUAUUAUUAAUAUUUAUUUGUAAUUUAAGUUAAACAAACAAAACAGAUUGAGUUUAUAAAAUAAUUUUUGCUAUUUCUUUUUCUUUUUCUUGUGUUAAAUGUGAUGACUGUUGAAUGUUACAAAUUUAGAAGUGUAAAAUAUUUAUAUCUUACAAAAAAUCAAUUUUGUGAGACAUUAUCCCUUUAAAAUAAGUAAUAUUUUAUAUGGGUUCAGUACAUUCUAUUUCAGUAGAUAUUUAUACAAUGUAUAUGUGUUGUAGAAGCUUGCUGGGUGUCCCAAACAUCACAAUGUAUAUGUGUUGUAGAAGCUUGCUGAGCGUCCAAAACAUCUGUGAUAUGUUUUCAAACCUUGAUGCUAUCUUAUCAGGACAUGCGGAAUAUUUUAUGUUUCUUGUUGAAUAAACAUUUUAUAAACCAUA